AUGGUCCGCUGGUGGCGAUUCGCGCCGUUCCUGGCGGCGCUGUCGUCGGCCGCGCCCCCAGACUUCCAACCUUCCGGCAAGCGAUUUCUUCCCGGUGCAUACAUAUUCGAGCUAGAAGACGGCCAUGAUUCUUCUGCUUUAAUCGACCAUGUUGGCUCACUGGGUUCCGUUCGGAUGCACUACAACUAUAAGCUUUUCAAAGGGCUCUCGGUGCAACUUCACGAUACGGAAACUGCUCAUGAAACCCAAAUCAAGCUGGCAUCUAUUGCUAGUGUGAAGAAUUCGUGGCCAAUCCAGAUUUUUUCCGCACCGAAACUUGAGCACCCCCCUGGAUCAAUUUCGGCCAAGGGCGUUGGCAAACUUGAUCGUCGGGGCAACUCUACAGCCCCCGAUACUUUCUCAACACACGUCAUGACACAAGUCGACAAGCUGCACGCCAAAGGGUAUACCGGAAAGGGGGUGAAGAUUGCCAUUGUUGAUAGUGGUGUUGAUUACAAGCACGAGUCGUUGGGUGGAUGCUUCGGCAAAGGUUGCCUCUUCUCAUUCGGCUAUGACUUGACUGGCGAUGACUACAACGGCUUCAACACUCCUCACCCUGAUGACGACCCCAUGGACUGUGUGGGUCACGGAACCCACGUGGCAGGAAUUCUCGCCGCGCAGCCUGGAACAAAUUCUUUUGGAGUCGUCGGUGCGGCCUACGAUGCAACAUUUGGCAUAUACAAAAUACAAGGUUGCGGUUCAGAGAUCGGCGAAGACGUCGUAAUCGCUGGUUUCAAUGCAGCGUUUGAGGAUGGCGCUGACAUCAUCACUGCCUCGUUGGGCGGCCCUGGAGGAUGGUCAGAGUCACCGUGGUCCGUGGUUGCAUCUCGCAUUGCCGCACAUGGCGUGCCCUGCACUAUGGCAGCCGGAAAUGACGGCGGGAGUGGCCUUUUCUUUCCGGAAGAGGCGGCUGAUGCCAAAAACGUCAUGAGUAUUGCGAUGUCGGAUAAUUCCGUCUUCCCCUACUUUGCACACACAUCUGGCUUCAGCAUCGACGGUACAAACUCGCAGGAAUUUGCUUAUAUUCCCAGUGGGAAUGCCAAAGAUACGGCGUUGUGGAACAUGACGAUGCCUCUUUAUGCGACAACUCUCAGGAAUGGAACUAUCGAUGAUCUCGCUUGCGAUCCACUCCCCCCGGACACUCCCGACUUGAGCAAGUACAUCGUCUUCAUCCGGAAGAACUCAACACACGACGAAUGCUCGCUAAACCAAGUUCUCCGCAACGUCCAUGCAAAAGGCGGUGUCUAUGUUCUCAUGGGAUUAUACGGGCCAGGUGCCCUUCCCGUAUGGCUUGAGUCUGGCGGCAAUGAAAACGGAAUCCUAGCUGGUGGGUGGGUCAGUAGAAACACCACUAGGAUUUUUCUCAAUGCUCUCCAAGCCGGGCAUAAUGUUACUCUCCAUAUGAAACCACCUUCCGAAACAUCCGCAGUCUACCUUGAGGACGAGAACUCAGAAUCCGCUGGAGCUGCCGAUGUUAUAACCUCCUGGGGACCUACCUGGCAGAUGGACAUGACGCCACAUUUCGGAGCGCCAGGUGGGUUUAUUAUCUCGACAUGGCUUAGCAAUAAGUUUGCAAUCGAAACUGGAACAUCUAUGGCCACGCCACUGGCGGCGGCCUGCGUUGCACUUAUUGGCCAGGUUCGCGGUACAUUCGACACGGUACUUCUACAUAACCUCCUUUCAGCCACAGCGAAGCCGCAGCUCUGGAAUCCUGGCAGGCAGUUUUUCAAGUUUCUCGCACCCGUGGCACAACAGGGCGCUGGCUUCAUCCAGGCCUACGACGCAGCUUUCGCGACAACGCUCCUUCAACCGUCAGGCCUGUCCUUCAAUGACACGGAUAACCGGCCGGAGUCGCUGUCUUUUGUUUUGUCUAACAAGGGUGAUACGGAAAUUAGAUACAACAUCUCUCACGUUCCCACGGUAUCAAUGUACACCCAUGUCAAAGACAGCAUGUGGUCCCCCGGUGGCUUCAAUGAAAUAGUUGAGACUUCCGCCACCCUUCACUUCUCGGACCAGGCUGUGACCCUGCCGCCAGGCCAUCGCAAAGUCAUUACAGUAUCGGCCAAACCACCACAAGGUCUUGACGAUAAACGUCUCCCCUAUUGGUCCGGCUACGUCGCCAUCAAUGGCACUGAUGGAGCAUCUUUGUCUCUGCCAUAUCAGGGUCUGUCAGGCUCGUUGCACGACGCCAGAAUCUUGAACGCCACCCGAGUAUUUGCUUGGCAUUCGACUGGGUUGAAUCCGAAAAAUGAUUUCGUGUUCGCCCCUCCUAACACCACAUUUACUCUUCCCAACCCGGGAACGGCAAACGAUACAGACUCACUCAUCUGUCCAGCGAUACAGCUUGCGAUGGGCACUCGUACGCUCAGGUGUGAUAUUGUCCCAUUGACGACUUGCCCGCCGAAGAACCUUACCAUGAACGACCCUCUCGGCAGUGGCAAGUUCAAGACAGUCGGCCAACCGGACCAGUUUCCCCUUCGUCUUGUAUCAGGCGAGGGUUUCUGUGUUCGUUGGGCGGGUCUCCUUGACAGUGGCGUAUACAUCCCCCCCGGGAAAUACAAGUUUGUGAUACGAGCACUACGGAUUUUUGGCGACCCAACCAAGUUGCAAGAUUGGGACAUGGAGGAGACGGCUCCCUUUUACAUCAAGUACAGAAAAUAG